CCAGUCAUAUAAUUAUUAGCACCUCUCUCUCCCUCUCUCCCUACACUCAAUCUUUGUGAAUUUUAAUGGCGAAGAUUUCACAGAAAAACACUUCAAACACUUCUUCAAACAGCAAACCGGCGACAAAGGCAAAGCGAACACGAAAGAGCGUCCCUCGCGAGUCUCCUCCGCAGCGAAGCUCCAUCUAUAGGGGUGUCACUAGGCACCGGUGGACGGGACGCUAUGAAGCUCAUUUGUGGGACAAGAAUUGCUGGAAUGAGUCCCAGAAAAAGAAAGGAAGACAAGUAUAUCUUGGAGCCUACGACGACGAAGAAACAGCAGCACAUGCUUAUGACAUGGCGGCAUUGAAGUACUGGGGACAAGACACCAUCCUUAAUUUUCCGCUGUCAACUUAUCAAGAAGAGCUUAAAGGAAUGGAGAGUCAGUCAAAAGAAGAAUAUAUUGGUUCUCUAAGGAGAAAAAGUAGUGGAUUUUCUCGCGGAGUCUCUAAAUAUAGAGGCGUAGCAAGGCACCAUCACAAUGGAAGAUGGGAGGCCAGAAUUGGGAGGGUGUUUGGCAACAAGUAUCUCUAUCUUGGAACUUAUGCUACCCAAGAAGAAGCCGCCACAGCAUAUGACAUGGCAGCCAUAGAGUAUAGGGGACUUAAUGCAGUUACCAAUUUUGACCUCAGCAGAUACAUCAAGUGGUUAAGGCCAAACCAAAACACUACUAACAACCCUCAACCAAAUCCUAAUCAUAGUGUUGACUUGACAAAUCCUAGUAAUGAAGUAGGACUAGGGUUUCUUUACCAACAAAGCUCUAGCUUCGCUACUGAAGCAACCCUAGUUCCUCCACGUCCUGCUGGUGGUGCCACUGCAUCGUCUGCCCUAGGACUUCUACUACAGUCAUCAAAGUUUAAGGAAAUGUUGGAGAGGACAUCAGUUGUUGACUGUCCGUCGACGCCCUUGGAGUCUGAUCCUCCCCGGAGUAGCUUCCCAGACGACAUACAGACGUAUUUUGAUUGUCAAGACGCUAGCAGCUAUGGCGAGGGAGAUGACAUUAUUUUUGGGGAAUUGAAUUCAUUUGCAUCACCCAUGUUCCAAUGCGAGCUUGAUGCAUAAUAAAUUAAAGAAUAAGAUUACAUACACGUCGUAUUUUUUUUUGUUGCAUUUUCUAUCGACUAGACCCUACUCUCAUUAAUUAUGAGUAAGUGGUAGAAAAUGCAAUAGAAAAUGACGUGUACUCCGUAAUAAUUAAAAUAGUACUUCCCUCACCACACAUACAUACAUUCUGCUUUUGUGAAUGUGAAGGUGAGGACAGUGACUACAAUGAUGACAAGGAUGGUGAUGAUGAAAAAAGAGAUUAGAGCUCUCUUCUGAAUUAGGGAGAAUAAUUUUUUUUUUUUUUAAAUUUCUAAUGUUGGUUCAUAAAUUACUUGUAGAUAUAGAUUGAAAUAGACAUUCGUUUACCUAUCUUUUAAUAAGACAAUUUUUUUUGGGCUGGUAAGAGCCUGUAGUUUUAUUAAUUCUUCAAUAAAUGGAUGUUUCACUU